AAGUAAGAACAAAGACCAAAGACUUGGCCUUUUUGCUCUCAGAAAAAGCUUUUACACACCAAAGUCUCAAUCUCUAUCUAAAUAUCUAUCUCAUUUUUUGUUCUGUUUUGCACGUUUUCUUCAAAAAGUUGACUGUUUGAUCGGAAAACAUACACUCACCGCCGGCCGGCGAUCAUCACUCACUCCCAUAUGCUAAACUUAACAUGAAGUUAAACUCUGUUGAUUUAGAUAAUUCCUCCACCGCUUCAGGUGAAGCCAGUGUCAUGUCCUCCGCCGACAACAACCAACCUCCACCGUCGCCGCCUAAAUCCACCGCCAAGAAAAAGAGAAACCUCCCCGGAAUGCCAGAUCCAGAUGCUGAGGUGUUAGCUUUGUCACCCAAAACCCUAAUGGCAACUAAUAGAUUUGUAUGUGAAAUUUGUAAUAAAGGGUUUCAAAGAGAUCAGAAUUUGCAGCUUCAUAGGCGUGGGCAUAAUUUGCCAUGGAAGUUAAGGCAGAGAACUAGUACAGAAGUUAAGAAGAGAGUUUAUGUAUGUCCCGAACCGAGCUGUGUUCAUCACGAUCCGUCGCGGGCUUUAGGUGAUCUUACGGGUAUUAAGAAGCAUUUCUGUAGGAAACAUGGUGAGAAGAAAUGGAAAUGUGAUAAGUGUUCUAAGAAAUAUGCUGUUCAGUCUGAUUGGAAAGCUCAUUCAAAGAUUUGCGGUACGAGAGAGUAUAAAUGCGAUUGCGGAACCUUGUUUUCGAGGAGAGAUAGCUUUAUCACACAUAGAGCUUUUUGUGAUGCUUUAGCAGAAGAGAGUGCUAGAGGUGAACCUACAGUUGCUGCCAAUUCGAAUCCGGAAUCCAAGAAGAAACUGCUCGUUGAUCCGCCGCCACCUCAACAAUCACCUCCGCCGCCACCUCCAGCUCCACCAGCUUUAUCUCAGUCAGCUGGUGGUGUUGCAUCUGCUUCAGUAUCUCCUGCUCAUAGUCCAGAUGUGGUCAUGCCCGCAACAGUUGUAGAAUUGGCACCCGCACAGGCUCCAGCUCCGGCACCUGCGCCAGCUUGUUUAAAUGGAAGCUGUAGCAGCAGCACCAGCUCAAGCAGCAAUGGAAGUACGAGUAGUGGUGUAUUUGCUAGUUUAUUUGCUUCGUCAACUGCAUCCGGUAGCUUACAGCCUCCUCAACCUCCUGCUUUUACGGACCUCAUACGGGCCAUGUCUCACCCUGAGCGUCCAACGGAUCUUGCUCAAACCACUAUGGAGCCAAUUGCUCUUUGUCUCUCAACCAAUCACGGGUCAUCAAUCUUUGGUACAUCAGGACAAGAGCAUAGACAGUAUGGACCUCCGCGUCAACCAGCAAUGUCUGCCACUGCACUAUUACAAAAAGCAGCUCAGAUGGGGCCUGCGGCUACGAAUGCAUCAUUACUUCGUGGUUUGGGGAUUGUGUCGUCUUCUUCUACGUCGUCCUCUCAGCAAGACAAUAUGCCUUGGGGACACAGGCAAGUGGAGCCUGAUAAUAGCUCAGUUACUGCCGCGCUAGGACUUGGCUUACCUUAUGAUGGAGGUUCCGGAUUAAAAGAACUGAUGAUGGCCACUCCUUCUGUCUUUGGUCCUAAGCAAACAACACUCGAUUUUCUUGGAUUGGGAAUGGCAGCCGGUGGAAGCCCAAGCGGUGGCCUGUCGGCUCUAAUUACUUCAAUCAGUAGCGGUCUUGACGUGGCUGCCUCAUUCGGAGGUGGAGAAUAUUCUGGAAAAGACCUUGGAAGGAGUUUAUGACCGCCCACAUCUUUACUUUCGGACAUAAUGUUGUACAUUGGACGUGAUUUCCGGUUUAGCAAAAUCGAUUUGCGGAAGAAACAAGCAUGAAGAUAUACGAAAAUUGCCCUAAUGAAGGUAAGCAUCAGGACAUCCGAAGCAGUCGGAUAUUUUUUUAAAUUAUCGUUCUGCCUUGGUGAUGCAGAGCUGUGAUGUAACAGGGUAUGUAAAACUCGGACAGCCACAUCUUUCUUCACUACGUGGACUCGGUCUAGAUCAGCUGCAGUUUGAUUGAGAUAAACCAUGAGAUUACUUGCAGAUGAAGGUUCAUGAAAAUGAUAAACUGUAAAAAAAUUGUUGCUGUAGGGUUGAAAUCAAAUUGUGUUAGAACUUGUAAGCUGUCUAUAUUCAAAUGUUGCUCCAGCAAUUUGUUUUAAAUUGUUAAUUAAAUGCAUAAUUAUUGUACCA